AUGCCUUCUUCGGACCGGUCUUGCUCCCCAUCCACAGUGUCGACUUCUGAUGAUGAACGACCAGCUGUCAUUAACGGCACAAAACAUGUUGUCAUUAAUGGCGUGACUAAUGGCGUGAGCAGCGGAGACGAUGAGCACCUGGAACCAGGCAUGAAGAGCGGGAUGAAGAAUUUAUAUUCCGGGAAAGAGGACAAAAAGGGCCGAUACCAAUGGCAAGAUACAAUUCCAGAAGAUGUCGGAAACCCGGUGGAGAAUGCCGAAACCGCGAAAUGGGCUUUGCUCGUUCGAAAUGUCAAAGUCUACAACGAUCCGCGGAAGGUUCUCGCCAUUCACUCUAUUGUUGUCCAGAGCCCGCUUCUCAAGAAGCUUUUAGCUGGUGUGUUGAAGAACUACCCGGGUGUAACGGUGGGCUUGAACCGCCUAGAGUUCUCCGGCAAAUUCGAGCCUCUCAUUCACCGCUGGGCCGAACUGCAGAAAGCCAUCGGGGAUUUGGGCGAUGCGACCGAGGAGGACCGGACAACGAAAGGACACGCUGAUCUACUACUCGAUGUGCUUACGCACGAGUUCAAGAGCCUCAUCGAAACCUCGCAGGAUAUGAAAUCAAAGAGGGUUAUGACGUACGAGCAUUUGUGGACCCUCUUCCAACCCGGUGCCACGAUAUUUGCCCGACAAGAUGGACAAGAGACGGCGAUGGCCCUCCAGGAGACAAGAUACGGGCAAGACACGAAAGGCAACCCCUGCUUCUGGCUCACCUGCAAGUAUGUGGACUGGGAUGGCACCAAAUUCGGAUCGAACAAACUGAACCUCUCGAUUCCUGCGUACAGCGGCACACGUCACAUUACCCAGCUCCGUGUGUUUCCACUCGAGUACCACCACGAAGCAGAUGCACUUAAGGCCCGUUUAAUUCAGCGCGGCGCCAAGGCAGAGUCGCUAGCUGGGCCGAACUACAAGGCGUAUCACGGAAUUGCUUGGCGACAUGGUGCAUUCGGCACCAAAGACAAGUACAAUGUUAAGGGUCGGAUCGUGAUUGACACACAUGGAUGGAACCGGCUCAACCCGAGCCAUGCCAUAUUUGUCGCACCCCUUACCCAAAAGGACCCCGUUCAAAACACAGGUACGCCCAACGAUGGCGAGGAGAGCGAUGGAGAGGAGAGCUACGAUGCCGGCGACGACAGUGGAAUGCCGAUAGACGGUCAUUUCGCAGAUGAAGACGAUGCAGCUAAGCAUAUUCCUCUUACCACUGAACAGAAGCUCAUCUGCACACCACUUCUUCGAGGAUAUAGCUUGAAGAACAAACUCUGGCUUAAUUUUUUCGUCAACUGUGUCAACGAAAUCGAGUGGCAGAAGGACGCCUUCGAUAGGCUAGUGCUACCUAAAAACCAGAAAGAACUCAUUCUCGGCUUCACCGAGUCUCAACGGCAAUAUAGGGAGACAUUCGAUGACAUCAUUGAGGGUAAAGGUCGAGGCAUGAUUCUUUUACUCUGCGGUCCGCCUGGUGUUGGUAAAACUUUGACGGCCGAGUCAGUGGCAGAAGAAAUGAAGGUGCCGCUGUAUAUGAUGAGUGCUGGAGACCUUGGGCUUGAUCCACGGCAUGUGGAGACUAAGUUGCAAAACAUCCUUGAGAUGUGCACAAGGUGGAACUCAGUCUUGCUCUUAGAUGAGGCGGAUGUAUUUUUGGAGCAACGUUCACUUCACGAACUGGAAAGGAAUAAGCUUGUCUCCAUAUUCCUACGGGUGUUGGAGUACUAUGAAGGUACCAUGUUCCUCACUACCAACCGAGUACAAACAUUUGACCCUGCUUUUCAAUCUCGUAUUCACAUCUCUCUCGAUUACCAGGAGCUACCGAUUGAUUCCCGGCGGAUGGUGUGGAAGAACUUCCUCAACUCCUCGCAACAAGAGCACACCAUAUCGAAACGGCAACUUGACGAGCUCGCUCGUAUGAACAUGAACGGUCGCCAGAUAAAGAAUAUCUUGAAGAUUGCCCGUCUACUUGCGACUCGCAAGGAAGUGAAGUUAAGCCACGACCAUAUCAUUACGACUCUCGAGGUGACCCAACACCUUCAUAAUGAGACCCAGUUCACGGAGCGGGCGAGGGGAAGCAUUUACCACUAG